AUGAACAUGGUGAAAAGAAUCAUGGGGCGGCCGAGGCAGGAGGAGUGUAGCCCACAAGACAACGCCUUAGGACUGAUGCACCUCCGCCGGCUCUUCACAGAGUUGUGCCAUCCUCCUCGGCACAUGACUCAAAAGGAGCAAGAAGAGAAACUGUACAUGAUGCUGCCGGUGUUUAACAGGGUUUUUGGAAAUGCUCCACCAAAUACGAUGACAGAGAAAUUUUCUGAUCUUCUGCAGUUCACAACACAAGUCUCACGACUGAUGGUGACAGAAAUUCGAAGGAGAGCAUCAAAUAAAUCUACAGAGGCUGCAAGUCGGGCUAUAGUCCAGUUCCUAGAAAUCAAUCAGAGUGAGGAAGCCAGUCGAGGUUGGAUGCUUCUAACAACAAUUAAUUUGUUAGCCUCCUCUGGUCAGAAAACCGUGGACUGCAUGACAACGAUGUCAGUGCCUUCCACCCUGGUUAAAUGUUUAUAUCUGUUUUUCGACCUUCCACAUGUGCCUGAGGCAGUCGUAGGUGCACAGAAUGAGCUACCUCUAGCAGAACGUCGAGGACUACUACAGAAAGUUUUUGUACAGAUUUUAGUGAAACUCUGCAGUUUUGUUUCUCCAGCAGAGGAGCUAGCUCAGAAAGAUGAUCUUCAGCUUUUAUUCAGUGCAAUAACCUCCUGGUGCCCUCCCUAUAAUCUGCCUUGGAGGAAGAGUGCCGGUGAAGUCCUUAUGACCAUCUCCCGUCAUGGUCUCAGUGUCAACGUAGUGAAGUAUAUUCACGAAAAAGAAUGUUUAUCUACCUGUGUCCAGAAUAUGCAGCAGUCUGAUGACUUGUCUCCCUUAGAGAUUGUGGAAAUGUUUGCUGGGCUUUCUUGUUUCCUCAAAGAUUCCAGUGAUGUUUCUCAAACGCUUUUGGAUGACUUUCGGAUAUGGCAAGGAUAUAACUUCCUAUGUGAUCUCUUACUUAGAUUGGAACAAGCAAAAGAAGCUGAAUCCAAGGAUGCUUUGAAAGAUCUGGUUAAUCUGAUAACUUCUUUAACAACCUAUGGUGUCAAUGAGAUAAAACCAGCUGGUAUUACCACAGGGGCACCCUUUUUGUUGCCUGGAUUUGCAGUACCCCAGCCUGCAGGCAAAGGUCACAGUGUGAGAAACAUCCAGGCCUUUGCAGUUCUUCAGAAUGCAUUUUUAAAAGCAAAAACUCACUUCCUUGCCCAGAUCAUCCUUGAUGCCAUCACAAAUAUUUACAUGGCUGACAGUGCCAAUUAUUUCAUCUUGGAGUCACAACACACACUGUCGCAAUUUGCAGAGAAGAUUUCUAAACUCCCAGAAGUACAAAACAAAUAUUUUGAGAUGCUGGAGUUCGUUGUUUUUAGCUUAAAUUAUAUCCCUUGUAAAGAACUUAUAAGUGUUAGCAUCCUCUUAAAAUCUAGCUCUUCAUACCACUGUAGCAUUAUUGCAAUGAGAACUCUUCUUAAGUUUACACGACAUGACUACAUUUUUAAAGAUGUGUUCAGGGAGGUGGGCCUUCUGGAGGUCAUGGUCAACCUUCUGCAUAAAUACGCAGCUCUCCUGAAGGAUCCAACUCAGGCACUCAGUGAACCAGGGGACUCAAGAAAUAAUAGUUCGGUUGAAGACCAAAAGCACCUGGCUUUGUUGGUUAUGGAGACCUUAACAGUACUUCUUCAAGGGUCAAACACAAAUGCAGGAAUUUUCCGAGAGUUUGGAGGGGCAAGAUGUGCACAUAACAUAGUGAAGUACCCUCAGUGCCGGCAGCACGCACUGAUGAUCAUCCAGCAGUUGGUGCUCUCUCCAAACGGUGACGAUGACAUGGGCACGCUCCUAGGGCUAAUGCAUUCAGCACCACCAACAGAAUUACAGCUAAAGACUGACAUUUUAAGGGCUCUCCUAUCAGUCCUUAGAGAAAGCCAUCGCUCAAGAACUGUUUUCCGAAAAGUGGGAGGAUUUGUGUACAUUACGUCCUUGCUUGUUGCUAUGGAAAGAUCUCUUAGCUGUCCACCAAAAAAUGGCUGGGAGAAGGUGAACCAGAAUCAAGUGUUUGAGCUUCUCCACACUGUUUUCUGCACAUUGACUGCGGCAAUGCGCUAUGAGCCCGCCAAUUCUCACUUCUUCAAGACGGAGAUUCAGUAUGAGAAGUUAGCAGAUGCUGUUCGAUUUCUUGGCUGCUUCUCAGACUUAAGAAAAAUAAGCCCCAUGAAUGUCUUUCCUUCAAAUACUCAACCAUUUCAGAGACUUCUAGAGGAAGAUGUGCUCUCUUUGGACUCAGUUUCUCCCACUUUACGGCACUGCAGCAAACUCUUCAUUUAUCUCUACAAAGUAGCCACAGAUUCUUUUGACAGUCGUGCAGAACAGAUCCCUCCUUGCCUGACAAGUGAGUCUUCUCUCCCCUCUCCUUGGGGUACACCAGCUUUGUCCAGGAAAAGACAUGCAUAUCAUUCAGUUUCAACUCCCCCUGUUUACCCUUCUAAAAAUGUUGCUGACCUGAAACUACAUGUGACCACUUCGUCUCUCCAGAGUGCCGAUGCUGUUGUCAUCCACCCUGGGGCCAUGCUUGCUAUGUUGGACCUCCUGGCCUCUGUUGGGUCAAUGACACAGCCAGAACAUGCUUUGGACCUUCAACUUGCUGUGGCAAAUAUUUUACAAUCCCUGGUGCACACAGAAAGAAACCAACAGGUCAUGUGUGAAGCCGGCCUUCAUGCGCGACUGCUGCAGAGAUGCAGUGCUGCACUGGCGGACGAGGACCACUCUCUUCACCCGCCCCUCCAGCGCAUGUUUGAACGAUUAGCCUCUCAGGCCCUGGAGCCCAUGGUGCUGAGGGAGUUUUUGCGUUUGGCCAGUCCUUUAAAUUGUGGUGCCUGGGACAAAAAACUUUUAAAACAAUAUAGGGUCCAUAAACCAAGUUCACUGAGUUAUGAGCCCGAGAUGAGAAGUAGUAUGAUCACAUCUAUGGAAGGUUUGGGUUCUGAUAAUGUUUUUAGCUUACAUGAAGAUAACCAUUACCGGAUAAGCAAGAGCCUGGUAAAGUCGGCUGAAGGAAGUACUGUUCCCCUGACUAGGGUCAAGUGUCUGGUCUCCAUGACAACCCCACACGACAUCAGACUUCAUGGGUCAUCAGUUACGCCAGCUUUUGUUGAAUUUGACACAUCCCUUGAAGGGUUUGGCUGCCUGUUUCUGCCCAGUUUGGCCCCACAUGCAAAUAGUGCUAUCACGACAGGUCUCACUGACAUGGCUGUGGUGAGCGGCAUUGGUUCCGGUGAAAGAUUCUUCCCUCCUCCCUCCGGCUUAAGCUUUUCCAGCUGGUUCUGCAUUGAACAUUUUAGUUCUCCCCCACACAACCACCCUGUCCGACUCCUGACUCUUGUGCGCCGAGCAAAUUCCUCUGAGCAGCAUUAUGUGUGUCUUGCCAUCAUUCUGUCAGCAAAAGAUCGGUCGCUGAUUGUGUCCACCAAAGAAGAACUGCUCCAAAACUAUGUGGAUGAUUUUAGUGAAGAAUCCUCUUUUUAUGAGAUUCUCCCAUGCUGUGCUCGCUUUCGGUGUGGAGAGCUCAUUGUUGAGGGGCAGUGGCAUCAUCUGGUUCUGGUAAUGAGCAAAGGCAUGCUGAAAAACAGCACGGCAGCACUCUAUAUUGAUGGACAGCUUGUUAAUACUGUGAAGCUUCACUAUGUUCACAGUACCCCGGGAGGUUCGGGUUCUGCAAAUCCACCAGUAGUGAGCACUGUAUACGCCUAUGUUGGUACUCCACCUGCCCAACGCCAGAUUGCUUCAUUGGUGUGGCGCCUGGGACCCACACAUUUUCUCGAAGAAGUUUUGCCCCCUUCAAAUGUAACCACCAUUUAUGAACUAGGACCAAAUUAUGUUGGAAGCUUCCAGGCUGUAUGUAUGCCAUGUAAAGAUGCAAAAUCGGAAGGUGUAAUCCCAUGUCCUGUGUCCUUGGUACCAGAAGAAAAGGUGUCAUUUGGCCUCUAUGCACUUUCUGUGUCAUCUCUCACAGUGGCAAGAAUCCGGAAAGUGUACAAUAAAGUGGAUAGCAAAGCCAUUGCUAAACAGUUAGGCAUUUCCUCUCAUGAGAAUGCCACUCCUGUGAAGUUGAUACACAAUUCAACAGGACAUCUUAACGGACCAGCACGGACCAUCGGGGCUACCCUAAUUGGAUACUUGGGAGUAAGAACAUUUGUCCCUAAGCCUGUUGCCACUACUUUGCAGUACAUUGGUGGAGCUGCAGCCAUCCUGGGCCUGGUGGCCAUGGCCUCUGAUGUGGAAGGGCUCUAUGCAGCAGUCAAGGCCCUGGUUUGUGUGGUCAAGAGUAACCCACUAGCCAGCAAAGAAAUGGAAAGAAUCAAGGGCUAUCAGUUGCUGGCGAUGCUGCUUAAGAAGAAACGUUCCCUUCUGAACAGCCACAUCCUCCAUCUGACGUUUUCCUUGGUGGGAACUGUUGAUAGUGGACAUGAGACCUCCAUUAUUCCAAAUUCAACUGCUUUCCAAGACCUACUUUGUGAUUUUGAGGUCUGGCUCCAUGCACCAUAUGAACUUCAUCUUUCCCUAUUUGAACACUUUAUUGAACUUCUCACAGAGUCCAGUGAAGCUUCAAAGAAUGCCAAAUUAAUGAGGGAAUUCCAGCUAAUCCCAAAGCUGCUACUGACUCUUCGAGAUAUGUCUUUAUCCCAGCCCACCAUUGCUGCUAUUAGUAAUGUGCUAAGCUUCUUACUGCAAGGUUUUUCCAACAGCAAUGAUCUGCUCAGGUUUGGACAGUUUAUUUCUUCUACUUUGCCAACCUUUGCAGUUUGUGAGAAAUUUGUAGUUAUGGAAAUAAACAACGAAGAGAAACUUGACACUGGGACUGAAGAAGAGUUUGGAGGUCUUGUAUCUGCAAAUCUUAUACUUUUGAGGAACAGACUUCUGGAUAUUUUACUAAAACUAGUUUAUACAUCUAAAGAAAAGACAAACAUUAAUUUGCAAGCUUGUGAAGAACUGGUCAAGACGCUCGGGUUUGACUGGAUUAUGAUGUUUAUGGAAGAACACCUCCAUUCCACCACAGUUACAGCAGCCAUGAGGAUCCUUGUUGUCCUACUGAGUAAUCAGUCUAUUCUCCUCAAGUUUAAAGAAGGACUCAAUGGAGGAGGAUGGCUUGAACAGACCGAUUCUGUCUUAACCAACAAAAUUGGCACAGUAUUAGGAUUCAACGUGGGCAGAAGUGCCGGUGGGAGAUCGUCAGUCAGGGAGAUUAACCGGGAUGCCUGUCACUUUCCUGGGUUUCCGGUUCUGCAGUCAUUCCUUCCUAAACACACUAAUGUCCCUGCCCUCUAUUUUCUCCUCAUGGCAUUGUUUCUGCAGCAGCCAGUUAGUGAGCUGCCUGAGAACCUGCAGGUCAGUGUGCCUGUCGUCAGCAGCCGAUGUAAGCAGGGUGGCCAGUUUGAUUUGGACUCCAUCUGGACAUUUAUCUUCGGAGUUCCUGCCUCCAGUGGAACUGUGGUCUCUUCUAUACAUAACGUGUGUACAGAAGCAGCUUUUUUAUUAUUGGGAAUGCUCCGCAGCAUGCUGAAUUCACCGUGGCAGUCAGAAGAAGAGGGAUCUUGGCUCCGAGAAUAUCCAGUGACCCUGAUGCAGUUCUUCAGAUACCUGUAUCACAACGUUCCAGACCUGGCCUCGAUGUGGAUGAGCCCUGAUUUCCUGUGCGCAUUAGCAGCCACAGUCUUCCCCUUCAACAUUCGCCCUUACUCGGAGAUGGUGACUGAUCUUGAUGAUGAAGUAGGAUCUCCAGCCGAAGAGUUUAAAGCCUUUGCAGCAGACACAGGAAUGAAUAGAAGCCAGUCAGAGUACUGCAAUGUGGGAACAAAGACAUAUCUGACCAAUCACCCAGCUAAGAAGUUUGUUUUCGACUUCAUGCGGGUCUUAAUCAUAGACAAUCUCUGCCUUACUCCUGCAAGCAAGCAAACACCACUGAUUGACCUCUUGUUAGAGGCCUCUCCUGAAAGAUCUACACGAACUCAGCAAAAGGAAUUUCAGACUUACAUUUUGGAUAGUGUGAUGGACCAUUUGCUUGCAGCUGAUGUAUUAUUAGGGGAAGACGCAUCUCUGCCCAUUACCAGUGGAGGAAGCUACCAGAUAUUGGUGAACAACGUGUUUUAUUUCACACAACGUGUGGUAGACAAGCUUUGGCAAGGCAUGUUCAACAAAGAAUCUAAACUUCUUAUAGAUUUUAUAAUUCAACUAAUUGCACAGUCAAAACGGAGAUCCCAGGGCUUGUCACUGGAUGCAGUUUACCACUGCCUGAAUAGGACCAUCCUGUACCAGUUCUCACGGGCACACAAAACCGUCCCUCAGCAAGUAGCUCUCCUCGAUUCACUCAGGGUCCUCACUGUGAACAGGAACUUGAUCUUGGGGCCUGGGAAUCAUGACCAGGAAUUCAUUAGCUGUCUAGCUCACUGCCUGAUUAAUCUUCAUGUUGGAAGCAAUGUGGAUGGAUUUGGACUGGAAGCAGAAGCCCGCAUGACUACAUGGCACAUUAUGAUUCCCUCUGACAUUGAACCAGAUGGUGGGUACACCCAAGAUAUUAGUGAAGGGCGUCAGCUGCUCAUCAAAGCUGUCAACAGAGUUUGGACAGAAUUGAUACAUAGUAAGAAACAAGCCUUGGAGGAACUUUUCAAAGUCACUCUACCUGUGAAUGAAAGGGGCCAUGUAGACAUAGCUGUUGCAAAACCACUCAUCGAAGAAGCUGGUUUAAAGUGCUGGCAGAAUCACUUGGCCCAUGAAAAGAAAUGCAUAAGUCGGGGAGAAGCUUUAGUGCCCACCACGCAGUCCAAGUUGUCCCGUGUCAGCAGCGGCUUUGGUCUUUCCAAGUUAACAGGAUCCAGAAGGAACCGGAAGGAGAGUGGUCUGAAUAAGCACAGUCUGUCCACCCAGGAGAUUUCUCAGUGGAUGUUUACACAUAUUGCUGUUGUCCGUGACUUAGUAGACACACAGUAUAAGGAAUAUCAAGAGCGUCAGCAAAAUGCCCUAAAGUACGUGACAGAGGAGUGGUGUCAAAUCGAGUAUGAACUACUGCGUGAAAGAGGACUGUGGGGUCCUCCCAUUGGCUCCCACCUCGACAAAUGGAUGUUAGAGAUGACAGAGGGGCCUUGCAGGAUGAGGAAAAAAAUGGUGCGGAAUGAUAUGUUCUACAACCAUUACCCUUAUGUGCCAGAAUCAGAACAAGAGACCAAUGUGGCAUCUGAGGUCCCAAGUAAACAGCCUGAGCCACCCGAUGAUAGCAGUCCUCAAAAGAAACCUGCUCGAUACAGAAGAGCUGUAAGUUAUGACAGUAAAGAAUACUACAUGCGACUAGCAUCUGGCAAUCCCGCCAUUGUCCAGGACACCAUUGUAGAGAGUUCAGAAGGGGAAGCCGCCCAGCAGGAGCCAGAGCAUGGUGAAGACACAAUUGCCAAAGUCAAAGGUCUCGUCAAGCCUCCUCUGAAGCGCUCUCGCUCUGCCCCUGAUGGAGGAGAUGAGGAGAACCAGGAGCAGCUCCAGGACCAGAUUGCUGAGGGAGCCUCCAUAGAAGAAGAGGAGAAGACAGACAAUGCAACUCUCCUGCGCUUGUUGGAGGAAGGAGAAAAGAUCCAACACAUGUACCGCUGUGCUCGAGUCCAAGGCCUCGAUACCAGUGAGGGGCUGCUGCUUUUUGGAAAAGAGCAUUUUUAUGUGAUUGAUGGAUUUACAAUGACAGCAACCAGGGAAAUAAGAGAUAUUGAAACCUUACCUCCAAAUAUGCAUGAGCCAAUUAUCCCUCGAGGAGCCAGGCAAGGCCCCAGUCAACUCAAGAGAACCUGUAGCAUUUUUGCAUAUGAAGAUAUCAAGGAAGUUCACAAAAGGAGAUAUCUCCUGCAGCCUAUUGCUGUGGAAGUUUUCUCUGGAGAUGGACGAAAUUACCUCCUUGCUUUCCAAAAAGGAAUUAGAAACAAAGUCUAUCAAAGGUUUCUGGCUGUCGUGCCGUCUCUAACUGAUAGUUCAGAGUCUGUGUCUGGACAGCGACCAAAUACAAGUGUGGAACAAGGAUCUGGGUUGCUUAGUACUCUGGUUGGAGAGAAGUCUGUAACUCAGAGAUGGGAGAGAGGUGAAAUCAGCAACUUUCAGUAUUUGAUGCAUUUGAAUACUCUGGCCGGCAGAUCGUAUAAUGAUCUCAUGCAAUACCCUGUCUUCCCUUGGAUCCUUGCGGAUUACGACUCAGAGGAGGUGGAUCUUACUAAUCCCAAGACAUUUCGAAACCUGGCCAAGCCAAUGGGAGCGCAGACAGAUGAACGAUUAGCUCAGUAUAAAAAGCGGUAUAAAGACUGGGAAGAUCCUAAUGGAGAAACCCCAGCCUACCACUAUGGAACCCACUAUUCAUCUGCAAUGAUUGUGGCCUCUUACCUUGUAAGGAUGGAACCUUUCACACAGAUAUUCUUAAGGCUACAGGGCGGCCACUUUGACUUGGCCGACCGGAUGUUUCACAGCGUGCGUGAGGCCUGGUAUUCUGCAUCGAAGCACAACAUGGCAGACGUCAAAGAACUGAUCCCAGAAUUUUUUUACUUACCAGAAUUCCUGUUAAAUUCCAACAACUUUGAUCUAGGCUGCAAACAAAAUGGCACGAAGCUUGGAGAUGUCAUCCUUCCCCCCUGGGCAAAGGGAGACCCACGAGAGUUUAUAAGAGUCCACCGAGAGGCUUUGGAAUGUGACUACGUGAGUGCCCAUCUGCACGAGUGGAUUGACUUAAUCUUCGGUUAUAAACAGCAAGGCCCUGCUGCAGUAGAAGCUGUAAACGUCUUCCAUCAUCUUUUUUAUGAGGGUCAAGUCGAUAUCUACAACAUAAAUGAUCCACUAAAGGAGACAGCUACCAUUGGGUUCAUUAAUAACUUUGGUCAGAUACCCAAGCAGUUAUUUAAAAAACCUCAUCCACCAAAGCGAGUAAGGAGCCGAAUAAAUGGAGACAGUGCUGGGAUCUCUCUCCCACCAGGAUCUACAAGUGACAAGAUCUUUUUCCAUCAUCUGGACAACCUGCGACCUUCCCUAACUCCUGUGAAAGAGCUCAAAGAGCCCGUGGGACAAAUAGUGUGCACAGAUAAAGGCAUUCUUGCAGUAGAACAGAAUAAAGUCCUGAUCCCACCAACUUGGAACAAAACUUUUGCUUGGGGCUAUGCUGACCUCAGUUGCAGGCUGGGAACCUAUGAAUCAGACAAGGCAAUGACAGUUUAUGAAUGUUUGUCUGAGUGGGGACAGAUUCUCUGUGCAAUCUGCCCCAACCCCAAGCUGGUCAUCACAGGUGGGACAAGCACAGUUGUAUGUGUCUGGGAGAUGGGCACCUCAAAAGAGAAAGCCAAGAGCCUCACCCUCAAACAGGCCUUGCUUGGUCACACUGACACUGUCACCUGUGCCACAGCAUCAUUAGCCUAUCACAUUAUCGUCAGUGGAUCCCGGGACCGAACCUGCAUCAUCUGGGACUUGAACAAACUGUCAUUCCUGACCCAGCUCCGAGGUCAUCGUGCUCCCGUUUCUGCUCUCUGUAUCAAUGAGUUAACAGGGGACAUUGUGUCCUGUGCUGGCACUCACAUCCACGUGUGGAGCAUUAACGGGAACCCUAUUGUGAGUGUGAACACAUUCACAGGGAGGAGCCAGCAAAUUGUCUGCUGCUGCAUGUCAGAGAUGAACGAAUGGGACACGCAGAACGUCAUCGUGACAGGACACUCGGAUGGAGUGGUGCGGUUUUGGAGAAUGGAGUUUUUGCAAGUUCCUGAAACACCAGCACCUGAGCCUGUUGAAGUCCUUGAAAUGCAGGAAGACUGUCCAGAAGCACAAAUAGGGCAGGAAGCCCAAGACGAAGACAGUAGCGAUUCUGAAGCAGAAGAGCAGAGUGUCAGCCAGGACCCCAAGGAGCCUCCCAGCCAGCCCAGCAGCACCAGCCACAGGCCCAGGGCGGCCUCGUGCCGAGCCACAGCUGCCUGGUGCACCGACAGUGGCUCGGAUGACUCCAGGCGCUGGUCCGAUCAGCUGAGCCUAGACGAGAAAGAUGGCUUCAUAUUUGUGAACUACUCAGAGGGCCAGGCCAGAGCCCAUCUUCAGGGUCCCCUCAGCCAUCCCCACUCCAAUCCUAUUGAAGUGCGGAACUAUAGCAGAUUGAAACCUGGGUACAGAUGGGAGCGGCAGCUGGUGUUCAGGAGUAAGCUGACUAUGCACACAGCCUUUGACCGGAAGGACAAUGCACACCCCGCAGAGAUCACCGCCUUGGGCAUCUCCAAGGAUCACAGUAGGAUCCUCGUGGGUGAUAGUCGGGGCCGAGUUUUCAGCUGGUCUGUGAGUGACCAGCCAGGCCGUUCUGCUGCUGACCACUGGGUGAAGGAUGAAGGAGGGGACAGCUGCUCAGGCUGCUCCGUGCGGUUUUCUCUCACAGAAAGACGACACCACUGCAGGAACUGUGGUCAACUCUUCUGCCAGAAGUGCAGUCGAUUUCAAUCAGAAAUCAAACGCUUGAAAAUAUCAUCCCCAGUGCGUGUUUGUCAGAACUGUUAUUACAACCUACAGCACGAGAGGGGUUCAGAGGAUGGGCCUCGAAACUGUUGAAGAUAUCAACAAGCUGACUGGAGACCAUGGUCUGUAGGACUCCUGCCCGAUUCCCCUGCCACAGCUCCCAGCUCUCGGAAGGCAUUAAAACAGUCUCCGUUUACACAUCUCUUCAUACCACGUGUUUGAAGUGCUGAAUUCAAAGGGAUCAUUGAAUAAACGGGUGUUGAGUACAGUAUCGGGGCAAAUGCUAUUCAGGUGAACAGCACAAGAAGAAUAUGAGGUGGUUCCUAGGAGCAGCAUUUUUGAUAUUCCAUUCUCCCUGUUGAGAAAGGUACACAAAAACGUCAUUCCCUGUCUUUCCUUGCAUCUCAUUUUUUUUAGAACUGCUCAUCCUUGUUUAAGAAAGCCAACAACAACAACAGCGGCUGUUAGGAGAUGGUUGUAAAUCUGACUUCUUUGCAAGUAACUGUAUAUUGUAAAUAAAUAUAAAGGCCUUUUUUUCUAAGUGAGGACUUAAUGCCUGUAACAUGAGACUUCAAACUAAACCACUAACUCAAUGAACUACUUAUGGUUUGUCUGACAUCUCUCAUUUACCAAUUAAUUAUACAUAUGUGUUUUUUAAAU